AUGCGUACGCAGAUUGCAACAUUGACCUCGCAACUCGCCGAGCUGCAGAAUAACCCUCCUGUGGCAACCCCCUUGGUCGAAAAGAAAUUCAACAAGAAAGUUGGAGUAGUCGCUGACCCUGGCGCCUUUGAAGGAGACAGAGCGCGAUUCGCCGAGUGGUGGAUCAAGCUCCAAAUUUGGGUCAAGGCAAACUGGGACGCAUUUGCCGACGAUUUUGAGGUAGCCACUGUGGUGCUAUCUCGACUAAAAGGACCUGUGGCGGGUCAAUACGCCCAACAAAUCCGUUCCUUCAAACAAGGAAACAUGAGGACGGAUGAUUACAUUACCUGGUUCCUGGCCCUCUCCAUCCAAGGAGGGCUUGGCAAUGAACAUGCAGUAGAACUGCUGGAACACAAUGUGAACCCUCGCAUUGCAGAACAGAUCUACCUGCAGGAUACUAGAAACGAGAACUUGGCCCUGGCGGCUGAGGAGGUGGCGGGUCCACCACCAAAAACAACGAAUCCCAGAGGCGCCCCGGGUCAUCAAACCAAUAUAAACAUUCUCACGGGUUCAAGCCGUUCGGGCUGCAACCAGGGCAGGGCCCCAAUGGAUAUUGGCGCGGUCCAAGGAGGACAGAUGCGCAGAUUCCAGGGGAACUGCUACAAUUGCAGCCAAGAGGGACACAUGUCCCAAGACUGCAGAAAAGGAGUGCAGGCUGCUCAACAAAAAAAUAACCAAGGGCGCCAGGCGCGCCAAUUAGAGUCCAAAAAGCCGGACAAUUGGCUCAACUCUUUGGCCGGUUGUUCGUACGACGAAAUCCGGGCCUUCUUCUAUGAUCAGCAGGUCGCUGAGAUGAAGACCCAGGGAAAAGAGUUCGGAGCUUAG